UUCAGACACUCCGGCGUUUCCUUCUGCCAGAGCGCGGAUGGACACGCCGACGCUAAAAUGUACCUCUCGCUGACGAUCACGAUCCUGGCGGGCCUCUGCUGCUCCUCGGGACGCGCCCAGACCGACCUGGAGAGCAAAGCCAGGGAGUUUCUGAAGACGUUCGACGAACAAGCCUCAGGUCUGAUGUACAACUAUUCACUGGCGUCAUGGGCCUACAACACCGAUAUCUCACAGGAAAACUCCGACAAACUGUCUGAACAAGGAGCCAUUUGGGGAGAAUUCUACGCCAAAAUGUCGGCAGAGUCGGAAAACUAUCCCAUCAACCAAAUCAAAGACCGAGAAAUCAAACUCCAGCUCAUCUCGCUCCAGGACAAAGGCUCAGGCGUCCUGUCUCCAGACAAACAGGCUCAUUUGGGGAAGGUCAUGAAUGACAUGAGUACGAUCUACAGCACGGCCACCGUGUGUCUCCAGGACGACCCUUUUAACUGCCAGACGCUGGAGCCAGGUCUGGAGCACGUCAUGGCCAACAGUCGAGAUUAUUACGAGCGUCUCCACGUCUGGGAGGGCUGGAGACAGGAAGUGGGCAAGAGGAUGAGGCCGCUGUACGAAGACUACGUGGACCUGAAGAACGAGGCCGCCAAACUCAACGGUUUCGAGGACUACGGCGCGUACUGGAGAUACAACUACGAAACCAUCGAGGAGGAGCCUCCGUACACGUACACCAGAGAAGAACUGAUGCACGACGUCCGCAAAAUAUACCACCAGAUCCUGCCUCUGUACAAAGAGCUCCACGCCUACGUCAGGGCCAAACUGAUGGAGGCGUAUCCCGGGCACAUCCACGCUGACGGCCCCCUGCCCGCCCAUCUGCUCGGCGACAUGUGGGGACGAUUCUGGACAAACCUCUAUCCUCUGUCCAUCCCUUACCCCGACCGCCCGGACAUCGACGUCAGCAAAACCAUGGUGGAACAGGGCUGGAGAGAGCUCCAGUUCUUUGAGGAGGCAGAGAAGUUCUUCAUGUCGGUGGGUUUGUACCAAAUGUUCGAUAAUUUCUGGACCGAGUCGAUGUUUCUGAAGCCUGAGGACGGACGCAGAGUCGUGUGUCACCCCACGGCCUGGGACAUGGGCAACAGGAAGGACUUCAGGAUUAAAAUGUGCACUAAAAUCACCAUGGACGACUUCCUGACCGUACACCACGAGAUGGGGCAUAACCAGUACCAGAUGGCCUACCGCAACCUGACCUACCUGCUGCGGGACGGGGCCAACGAGGGCUUCCACGAGGCGGUGGGCGAGAUCAUGUCUCUGUCUGCAGCCACGCCCUCUCACCUGCAGAGUCUGGGACUGCUGCCGCACGACUUCGCCUACGACACAGAGACGGAGAUAAACUUCCUGUUGAAGCAGGCUCUGACCAUCGUGGCCACGCUGCCGUUCACGUAUCAGCUGGAGGAGUGGAGGUGGCAGGUCUUCGCCGAGACCAUCCCCAAAAACCAGUGGAUGAAGACCUGGUGGGACAUGAAGAGGGAGAUGGUGGGAGUAGUGGAGCCAGUGCCUCAUGAUGAGACGUACUGUGACCCCCCCGCCCUGUUCCACGUGUCCGGAGACUACUCCUUCAUCAGAUAUUUCACCAGGACGAUUUAUCAGUUCCAGUUUCAGAAGGCUCUGUGCGACGCCGCCGGACACUCGGGAGACCUGUCCUCGUGCGACAUCACCAACUCCACUGUAGCGGGGGAGAAGCUCAGGAACAUGCUGGAGCUGGGGCGGUCGCAGUCUUGGACCCGAGCCUUGGACACCAUCUCUGGACACACGAGGAUGGACGCUCAGCCGCUCCUUGACUACUUCCAAAAACUGUACGUGUGGCUCCAAAACGACAACAAGAAAAACGGCCGAACUGUGGGCUGGAACCCCGUCAUAGACCCCUAUUCAGAAAAUGGCAUAAAAGUGAGGAUCAGUCUGCGAGCUGCGCUGGGCGACAAUGCGUAUCCCUGGAACGACAAUGAGCUGUUCCUGUUUAAAGCAAACAUCGCCUACGCCCUGAGACAGUACUACGAGCUCAAGAAGAACACCACCAUUAUGAUCACAUCAGACGAUGUCCAAGUUUUUGACCAGACUCCCAGGAUUUCUUUCUACGUCGCUGUGAAAAAAGGAACCGGAAUAAACCAGUUUUACCCCAAAGAAGAAGUAGAGGAAGCGAUCAGAUUGUCUCGUGGGAGGAUCAACGACGCGUUCCAGCUCAGCGACAGCACUCUGGAGUUUGUGGGCGUGCCUCCGACAUUAUCCCCGCCCACUGAGCAGCCCGUGGAGGUGUGGCUCGUCGUGUUCGGGGUGGUCAUGGGACUUGUAGCUCUCACCGGCGUCUACCUGGUUUUCUCCGGCAUCAGAGACCGCAAGAAGAGGUCUAAAGAGUCCAGUGUUGUGGAAAACCCGUAUGAGAACAACUACGACGGACACUCCAACAAAGGCUUCGACGGCGCCAAUGAAACUGGAUUUUAAGAUUUUAACUCGGUGGACACUCAAAUAAUGUGAUGCUGUAGGAAAGAGGGAUCACAAGCAGUUGUUUCCACAUAGUUCUCACCCAAUAACAUCUUCUGUUCCACGCAGUUGUCUCCUGAAUGGUUCUCAUACAACAAACUCUAUUUUAAAUGCAUUGGUAAUAAGUCAGGAUCAGUUCUUUUAAUAUUUAGAAAAAUAUAUAAUACAGCUGCUUUAUCUUUAGUGAUACCAACUGUAAUUCUAUUUAAAAUGUGUAAAAUAAAAUCUAUUCAUUUCAACUUUAUCCCAACAGAUAAAGAUAUCAUUGUAUUUGUU